AUGGAAAAGUACGGCUCCAAUAACGUCACAGCAUCAGGUCGAAUCUCUCCCACUCAAGUCUCCACAGGGAAGCUGACAGACACCGCCUCCUCCUCCUCCUCCUCCAGAUCUGAGAGUCCUCAGCUCCUCAGUCCUAAAGAGGGGGUCACCGCCUACACGCACGCCCCCCCCUACGCUGCCAACCCCCCCUACACCGUGCACACGCACACGCACGCCUUCAGUGACAGUGUCAUUCAGUUGAUAUGCGUUGCCAAGGGAACAGGCCUCGGGCUCGUCAUCAAGGGCGGAGCCAACCGUGCCGAAGGACCAAUGGUGUUGAUUCAGGAAAUAGUGCCUGGAGGAGACUGUCAGAAGGACGGCAGGCUGCAGAUCGGAGACCAGCUGGUUUCCAUCAACAAAGAGUCUCUGAUCGGAGUGACGUACGAAGAAGCUCGGAGCAUCCUGACACGCACAAAACUCAGACCGGACCCCACUGUGGAAAUAGCCUUCAUCAGGCGGAGGUCGUCCUCCAGCUCCAGCAGCGGGCCUCACAGUCCCAUCUCACUGCAGGGGACCGUCGGUGGAGCAGGAGCCCAGACGAGGCCCCCGACGCUGGGGGCCACGCCUCCGCAGCCGGCCGUGGUCACUAAGAUCACCUCCAGCAGAAAUCCGGCCUGUGAGACGCUGCCAGCUGUCAACGUCAGCCAGGUACGAGUAUCUCCAGCUAGAACAGAGCAGACACGUGUUUCCUCUCCUCCAGAGACCGACAGCGUCACUGAUACUAACCCUGAGCCGGCCGUCUCUCAGCCUCCUCAGAGGAAAUGCUCUCUGAGCGCCAGCUGUCGACUCAGACUGGAGCGACUGGAGCAGGCUCUGGAGCUGCUCGGUCUGAAGCCAACAGAAGCUCAGCGGCAGACGCUCAAGUCCCGACUACGAGCCGAUCCAGCCGGUACGGUGGCCUUCACAGACUUUGAGAACCUGACCAGAGAGCUGUUCAGACCUCAGCUGGAGGAGUUAGCCGUCAGCCGGCCGGGUUCACGCUUCACCUCAGACGACCUGUCCAGUUUACUGGAGUCACCGUCAAACCCGCAGGAGCAGCUGGUUGAGUCUCAGCGAGUUCAGCUUCAGAUGGAAGACGAGCUCAGCAACGUUAAACAGGAAGUGAAACUGGGAGCGGAGGAGAGUCGGGCUCUGAGGACUCGCAUCCAGCUGGCCGAGGCGGCUCAGAAGCAGGCGAGGGGGAUGGAGAUGGACUACGAGGAGGUGAUCCACCUGCUGGAGGCCGAGAUCGCCGAGCUGAAGACUCAGAGAGCGGAGCAGCCGGCUCCGACCAAUAAGGAAGUUCCAAUCAGCACCCAAGAGUUUUUCGAGGCCGUUCUGAGUACCUACUCCGAGGCAGGGACUCGCUUAGACCCUGUAAAAGUUCAGGAACCCUGUCCUUUGGAGGCGGUUCCUGCGGUGGAGACACGAACCAACGGCCACAGCCCCGAGGAGACGGACGAGCUGAGGAAGAGAGUCGCCGUCCUCGAGUGUCAACUACGGAAGAGCGAAAACGCCAAAAAGGGUUUUGAGAUGUCAACGGGGAAGCUGCUGAGCUUCGUGGAGAACGUUCAAGAAUUCCUGCUGGAAGGACACGGACCGCCGAAGAGCUUCAGCUCUGGAGACGUCAAAGCGUCGCCUCAAGGAAUCCCAGCUCGCUACAGGAAGGCUCCCUGGACGGCGGCUACGCUCGCUCAGGAAGCCAAGGAGCUCACCAGGACAGUCAGAGCCAUCCUGGAGGUGGACUGUAAGUGA